UUUCUCUUCCCUCGCUCUUUCGACUCGGCGCGCGCUAACUUGGGAUUACGUAAGUGACAGAGAGCGCUGCUACCAAAGAGCCUUGGUUUCCUUUUAAAAAUGGCCGUCCACUGGCCUGAGAAACAUCAUCUCGUGUCGAAAACAUCGGUCGUUCUGCGCCGUAGAGUGGAGCACACGCGUGUUCCGUUUACGUUGGAUCAAGCGUGGAGCCAUGAUCUCGCACUCGAAUUCCCUCGAAUUAUCAUUCGUCCGAUUUGACGUUAAUAAAUUUAUAUGAUGAUGAUGAUGAUGAUUUGCGUGACAAUUAUUAAGUAAUCAUUAAUCGUAUUUUGUCUUAAAAAUAUUGAAUAUGAUAUACAACAAAUAUUUUCCCAUUUUUUGUUUAUAAUGUCGCAUAUACAAACGAAGUAUUAUCGAUAAAUAUGUAUAUUAAAAUCAAUAAUUUUCUACGAUGAAUUGACGUAGUUAUAAGGCGAACGAAUAGAUAACGUUUCGCGCUACGAAAUCAUAUACGUGGAAAGGGAAAUUGUGUGAUACGCUGGUAGAGUACUGUUAUCAAAAUACCAAUGUUCUAGAAUACGAGCGGAACUGGGUUUUCGAAAUUGUUGCUAUUGUUGUAUGAUUCUUUGGCCUUUAAGCAAUCGUGAGAAAUAUAUUUAUAAAAGAUACGAGAAUAUUGUGAUAUAAUUUGUGUGGAGAUUAGAGAACUGAUAACGACUUAUAUUACUAUAAAAAACUUAAUGGACGAUAACAAACGAUUUGUGAUGUACAAUUUCUUAAUGUACAAAACGAAAAAACGAUGACCAUGACAACAACAUCGAGUUAUUUGGAACAUAUAUAUAUAUAUAUAUAUAUAUUUUGUUUAUUUUGUUUUGUUUUCUGUAAAAUUCCUAUCAUUCAUUGAUAAUUAUUUUAAUUGCACCAAUAGAGUAUAGAAAAAAUAAAUUACAAACAUUUGCAUUAUAAAUAUUUGUAAAUGUUAAUAUCUAACAACCCGUCGACACUUUAGAACCGUAAUUUACACGUCAAAUAUUAUAUCGCUCUUCGAAGGUCGAUCGACGACUGAUCGUUAAUCUUCCGUCGUAACUACCUAAUCGUCCAUCGUUUCGUCAAUCGGCCAAUAUAUUUAUAUGGUUUAUCGCAAUUGCAAUAAACAUGCGAGAAAAAUAUGCUUUCGCACGUUCACUUUCGUGAUCAAAAUUUGUAAAAAAUCCAUUUCAAUACGAUAGAAAUAUAAUAAAAGAAGAACUAUUUAUGUUUUUUUUUAUAAAUCAAUUUUAAACGAUCGAUUAAAUGGCGUUUAAAUAUCUUUGCAUAAAUAUUUCAAGGCGACAAUUAUUAUCCAAUUGUCGUCCGAGAAUAAUAAUAAAUAUUCAACAGCAAAGAUUUUUAGCCAAAAGGCUCGAAGUGGAUAGCUCGUUUUUUUUUUUUUCUUUCAAUAGCCGAUGCUAUCGAGCGAGCAUUAUGUAAUGGUUAUCGACAAUGGUUAAGCCGUAGCUUCUCCGUUCGGCGACUUUAGUUUUCGACUCGUGGAUGACAUAGUGAAGCGUCUGGACUUGACAUUACCGUCAGGCUCGUUCAAUGCCAGGAACGGAAGAAAAUUCGAGACGAAGAGAGAUCCCGACCGUUCUUGAACUUUGACCGAGUUAUGUGCUAGUAAUCGGUCGGCUGUUCGCUCGUCCGAAUUAAUUUCAAAACUUUUUUUUUCCCACUUCUGUUCAACGUUUUGGCAGCAUUUUCGAGUACCAGAGUUCCCUCGCUAACGAAGGGUAAAACCGUGGAUUUUUUUUUUUUUAUCGAAAGCAUCAUAGAUGAGUCGAUUACGUCUCUUUGGAGUGUUUAUCGAACGCACACUUUUUUAGCUGGAUAUGUGCAAUACGCGUCGACAAAGAAAUAUCGUUUUUUUGAAUGAAAAAUGCAAAUUCAAAUACGCAGACUUCGUUAUUGAAUUUCGUUAUUAACAUGUAAUUUUUGUUCUAUAAAUCGAACUAAAAGCUCGUUUAGUCGAUAUCCUCUAGAUUCCAGAUAAUAUAAUUCGCGCGCAUACGUAAAUGCACAAGUGAAUCAUCGUUUCACGUUUCUAGAUGAUGGUCGAGUAAGAUGAACGUAUUCGUGAUCGAUUUAUCGUAUUUAUCGAGCAAUUAAUAAUUCAAGUCGCGUCACUAGGGAACUGGUGUUUCCGAAUGUUUGUUUAUGUAAACGGUUGCUCGUCGAAACAACACAGUCGAAACUCGAACAAACUCGUUUCCGCGGAAGCUACUUUCACAGUGGGAAAACUGCGACCGAUAAAUAUGUAAUGUAUUCGAGAUUCCGUAUAAUAUCUGGUGUAAAUGAAACUUGAUUCAAAUAGCGAGGAAGGUUUCGAGCACGGUUCAACAGGCUCGGUUCAAUUCGUUCAAGGAGAUUAGCGCUUGAGCGUAGAACGAAACGCGGCUUUCGAAGGUUGUCGUACCGUGAAACGAUGUCAGUGUGUCAGUGUCAAUGGAACCGAGUCAUUGGGUUUGUCGAUUGCGAUUCAACGGGAAGAGAGAUGAUUUUGCGACGAUGAGAAACUUGAUCUUUCUGAGAAAAUCUCCCCUCGGACGGGCGGAUUUCUAAAGUUUACUUUUUCGAAAAACGGAAUACGGAUAAAUUUUACGAAAACAAGGAAAAAUGAAAAAUCUCGAUCGAUUCCAAAUCCCAAAUCUCUAAUUUCUGUCCCUAAUUAUUCGAUUAUAAUCUGUAAUAAAAUUGGUAAUUAACGAACGACUUUAUCGAUGGCGGUAAAGAGAAAAUGAAGAUCGAUUGCGAGAUGAGCAGGGAGAAAGAUAGGGUGAGAGGGAGGACAGGGGGAGGGGGGAGAGAGAGAGAAAAGCUAAAAAAGAAAGGAGGAAAGAGAGAGCAAGAGGGAAAAAGGCGUCGAAUCGCCGAGAAUUCGCGACCGCGCAAUCCGGCAUUUAGCCUUCGCCGGCUCAAAAUAAACGCGACAACUCACAGAUUCCCUGUGCCUCUUGCCACUCCUCUGCGCAUCGUGAUUUCGACUCGUCUCUCUUUUACACGCGUCCAUCGCUCUUUAUCUCUUGUCGAUCUCUUCUCCGUGCUCUCGCGCGUCUCUACCCCCCCCGCAACGAGUUUACGCUCCUCUUCGUCGUUCCCCCAGCACGGAUACUUUCGCUGUCUCGGUCGUUUAUCGGCAGAGAGUAGCUAACUAAGCUCGAAUCCAAUUCGCCACACGUACGGCCACGUGCGUGCAACGGUAGCAGCUCCCGUUCUGCCCGUGUGUGUGAGCGCGCGCGAGCUGCCGCCGGACGCGCGUGUGCGUUACACUGUUUCGCGUGCUAGUUCGCUGCGUCUAUACUUCGUCCGAUUUCUAAACAGCACGACGCGUGCACUUACACAUCCGUAAGUAAGCGUUGCGUCGUGGAAAUCGUCCGUUUUCACCGUAAAAUUCCACCACCAAUGUUUACGAUAUAUAUAUAUAUAUAUAUAUAACACUUUUGACGAUAUAUUUUGAUUGAGAAAAUAUUUGAUUUGAGAUAGAUAACAAAAAAAAAAAGAAAAUAGAAUUCAUCAGAGAGAAGAUAUUUUUCAAAGGAAUUUCCAACUUUUAAGAAAUCUCAUAUUUUUACCGCGUAGUUUCCGGAAUACCGUCCGAGCGAUGAAAAAUACGAUUGUCGGAUCCGAUCAUCGAUAAUACCGGCUCAUUGAGUAAAUUUAGAUGAAUCGAUAGUUCGAUUCAUAAGGCGGCGAUAUCUGAAAUAGCGUGGAACGGUUGUACGCGUAUUGACGAAUUAAAAUAUCGGUUAUGACGUUGGUUUUCAAGAAUAGUAUAACUCGCUAUAUACGGUGGUGGAAAUUAGCGCGUCACCGAUCGCUCGAGCAUCGUCGCUGACGUAGAUCGAUCCUGACCCGUCGGCUGCCCGUGUCUCCGUGUUCGUGGCUUGCGAAACGCGGGAAAUCGGAUGACGUUUCGUUGUCGUGCAGAUUCGCCAACUGUUUAUCCCAGGCUAUACCCGUUGGAAUUUUUGAUUAACGGGAGAGAAGCUUUCUGUCGCGUUCGCGAAACGAACCGGGAAAACGGUUUUCCAUUUACAGUUCAUAUUCGUCAUCGUUACGGAUACGGCUGGUCCAGGAUUUUUUUAAUUAAAAAAAACAUGCUGCUUGGCCAUUCCAUCGAUACCCUAUUGAUCUUCACGUCGACACAGUCGUCACGCGAUGCUGCUUCUCGAUAAAUACUCUCAAACGAUUUUUAACGUUUUCGAUUUAUAUAAAUCUAUCGUUAAUGCGGAAUUUCGAAGAGAGCCGAUGUAAUAUGCGCCAUAUAUCGAUCUUUGUUCCAAAACGAGUCCACCAUUUCUAAUGUACAUUUUUAAAAAUAUUUCGUCUGACGGCAAUUUCGUAUUUUUGACCAGUUGUUUAUACAAUUCUGUAAUAACGCGGUAAUUUUAUAUACGAGAGAAAGAAGAAGGUCCGAUAGAAACGUCUGAUUUAUCGAUUUUCCUUUCCGUCGAUUAAUCGACCUUCCUCUUAUCUGUUUGUUCAUCGCGAAUCGCAGAUACCAAGGGGCCUCUUAAGAGUUCUUUCUUCCUUAUCAUUUUCAAUGGACCGCGAUUAACGCGAGUUAAUUAUUUCCGUGGCCGAUACUCUUCUCCGUUCAAGCGAUUCGCUCGAAAAACUCGUUGGCAGAUAUUCGAUGACGCCGUUGGAAAUACAACUUGCUCCACUUUUAGAAGAUCGUGUCGAAUCGAAAGUAGCCAUUAGUGUCGCCGCUUCGAGUAUUUCAGUUACAAAAAUAGAAGAGAAAAGGAACUCGAUCGUUCAGCUCGUCUCGAACGGAAUGCCAUUGUUUUCUUUUCUUUUCUUUUCUUUUUAUAUUUAAUUCAUAAAAUCCAUGAAACCAGUUGGUCGAGUCGACGGUCAAUCGGUCCGUUCGAAAAUGAUUCGUCCAUGAGAUCGUGGAUCGCGCGACUGGAAAAUUUGGAAUCGAGCGAAUGGGAAUUCUGGAGGAUGGCGAAUCCCCCGUCCAUUUACCGAGGCGUUAAUCACGAAAGCGCGCAGGCUUCGUUAGUGCGAUGAACUUUGUCGGCUUUGCGACUUGUCCAACACUCGAUAAAGUGCACCCCGCUCUUGCUUCUCGUUUCGAUUCUCUUCCGAAAUCGGCCAACGCUUUACCAAUUCGAAUCGUCUCGGAUGUGUGAACGCAUAAAAGGGGAAACGUUGAAAUUCUGAAUGUUUCCGGUCGAGUGUCCUAAUUCAAAGGAAACGCUAGCAAAAAGGGACGACGAAACUUUUCCAAAUUAUGUCUUAUCCAACGAUUCGGAAGAGAAUUAUUAUUUUUUUUUAUUCCCCCUCUUUUUCAUCACAAAGGAAAAAUAUUUUCGCCCGAAAUAUCUGGUGGUAAAUUGAGUUUUUUUACUCGGAAUUUUUGGGACGAGAUAUCUCUUAUCCAAAUAAAAAAAAAAGAUCGCGAGGAGAGGUUAAUAUUCUAUGGAGGUGGAAAAUCCUUUCGCCAAACUUAUUCGUAUACAUCGAAUGUGUCGUAUCAAUACCGCGGAUGAUACGUACACGGAUAUUCGUAUCGGAUCUUGGUCGCCGUUAUAGCGGCGUGCCAGCUCGAGCAUGCUCGCUUUAUCAGGAAAUAUAUAUAUAUAUAUAUACACACGAAUCGCGAAAGUAUCACGUCCUCGUUCCAAGAGACGGAGAAAGAGAUCGAGGGAAGUGGGAGGGGAGGAGUGCAUUUUAGUAACCGGGAAAUCAGUCGUAUCUAAACUCGUAAUGGGAAGAGGUAUAGAUAUACGUAUACACGUGUAGUACGCAUGUGAAGGAGCGAGACGAGAUCCCCGCCAUGGUAAUAAAUCCGUCGGCCAAUGAGCCUCCCCCCAGUCUUGUCACUCCGACCAAUCCGAAAUCCAUCCACGAUGGAUCCGCCAUCGUGCGCGUUCCCUUCGAAUUUUCCACCAUACGAUCCAUUCACCGUACGUGUCGUAUCCGUAUCGUGAUUUUCGUCCAUAUUUCCGGCUGGAAGGGAAAAAUCAUCGACCGCGGAGCCGUUGCUCGCUAAUGAACGGCGGCUGCGAGGAUUAGCGGGGCGGAUCGAUAUCCGCCCCACGGAAAUUAGUAAUUCUUUGCCGUGUUCCCCGCGCGGAGACGCGCGGAUCGAAUUGGAAUCGUAUUGGGUCGAAAAGCGAUUCGUCGCGACCCAGUUUCAUGCAAAUCCGCCGCGAACCCUAACUCGAUUUCGUACGUAGAAGAAGGAGAAGACAUUUCGACUAUCUGAUAAUUCGCUAUCUGCGGUGGCGUGUCUCGUCCGGUUGAUUCGUGAUCCUCCCCGGCUUGGUUGUAGCCGGAAACGCGGUUAAACAGGUGUUUGCUGCAGCUGCUCUCUCUCUCUCUCUUUCUCUCUCACUUUUUCUAUUUGCGUUCCGCGCCUAGUUCCUUUUACGGUUGACGAUGUAUUCCUUAAAACGUGGGAGAGUUAUUCAGAGAGGGUGCGUCACGUGCCGAUUUCCGCUCGGAGAGAGUCUAGGAUUCUUGCCGGCACGAUCCAGCGCGACGAAUUCAUGGUCGAUGGCCAGCCGAGGAAGCGAAUUUUUUCUCGGAAAAGAUCGAUUCAACGUAAGCGUGGAACGGGACCGGCUUCGGGAGCGGGAACGACAGGCCCGCGCGGCGAUGUCGGUCCAGGCCGAACAAGCGGCUGCAGGAGGUGGUCCUGACACCAGACACCAUCAUCAUGGCCACCAUAAUCACGCUCACCAUCAUGUUAAUCCGCAUGCCGUCACUGCACCACUCUUCCGUGCUCCCGUCAGGGUGAAUCCGGACGCCCGGGACAGUACGACGCAGCAGAUUCAAUCAAAAUUAGGCAACUACUCGUUGGUGAAACAUCUACUGGACGAGCCGAAACGGCUGAUCGGCAUCGAGGGUGUACCGCCAAGCCCUGCCCCGCCGUCGACCUCCUCCUUUCUUCGAAUGAGUUCCAGCUCGGUCGGCGCGAAUUCCAGGAGCUCGCCCUCCUCCCAAGAAUUCAAGAAGCCGGGAGGGCCUCGCCCCGAUGCUUCCUCCUCUUCCUCUUCGUCGUGCUCGACGUCAUCUUUGACGUCGUCGUCCUCGUCCUCGUCGUCGUCUUCGUCGACUUCGACGUCGUCAUCGAGUCAUCAACGCGGUGGUUUCGUGAAGCCAGCCGACGGGAAGCCGCCGUACGGAGGCAGGGGUGGUUACCCCGGCCAGCCGGUGAAGCACGGGGGCAACAGCAACGAUCAUAGGAGCCACGGUUUAUUACCCGCCAAAGGACCGCCCACGAAUUCGCCCGGGAACGGAACGCUCGCUGGCAAUUCCAGUAUCGGGAAUUCCAGCGGCAGCAGGCUUCACUGUGUCGGCAGCAGACUGUCCAGGUUACCUCUCGAUAACGGCAGCUCGAGACCUGGCCCCACCGAGAACUCGGCCGAUGUGGAGAAUAUAUUAAAGGAAAUGACCAUGCCACCCACGCCUCUCACGGCCAUCGCCCAGACGCCGAGGAAGGAGCUCGAGUCGAAGUUCACGUUCAAUCCUGUGAUGGCGAAGUUGACCGAAGUGACGCCGCAGGAAGCCACGAAGCCUCAACGCGAGCGGCACAACGCCAGCAGGUUAUCGGCGGAUUUGGAGCGCGACUUAAGCUUGAGCGAGGACAGCGAGGAUGAGGCAAGCAAGGAAACGUCAUCGCGGACAACGAGGGGAAACAGAAGCCCCGACCUCACGGUCGAUUUAUCGAUACCGGCGAUGACGCCAGCCCCGCCGCCACUGGCACCCAUGUCGCCCAUGGGCCCGUCACCGGUCGGCCCUUUGUCGCCCGCGAGGCCGCUCAGCCCGAGCAGGCCGCCAUCACCGCCUAAACAGAUGACGCCGGAGCAAGUGAUCUCGCCUGCACCGGUCAGCCCCCUGCAAUCCAAGGGCUCGCCGAGCCCCAACGCGCACCAGAGGCCGCCCAGCCCUUCGGGCCAGGCGAUGCAGAGCUCCGGAAGCGCGAGCUCCACGUCCGACACCGGCUCCGACUCCGGCUCGGACAGCAGCGACGAUUCCGAGGAGGAGACCAGCCCUCCGCCCACCAAAGGGCCCUCCACCCCUCCCUCCGUGUCACCAAAGAACGAAAACUUGAUAGAGGAACCUCCGCCCGCGAUCGAGGAGCCGAAAUCGAGGAGUUGGAACUUGGAGUCGUUCUUCAACAAGACGAAUGCCAUGCCUCACGGGGAACAGAACUCGGAGAACAAACAGACGCAGGACUGCAACAGGCGGCAAGACUCCCCCAUGGUGACAACGGUGGACGCCAGAGCGCACAGGAACAAGACGGCGCACGACUGGCAGCUCGACGAGGCCCUGAAGAGGACCCGUAACAUGACCAUGAUAAGCGUGCUGUACAGCGACAGCGAUCGACCGUCCGACCAAGAGAAGGGCCAGCCCGUGGAGGAGAAUCGAGCGCAGCCUGAAAAGCCGAAGGUGGACGCGAGGAAACGUGGGCGGCCGAGGAAACCGGCGAAUCCGAAAGCCGGGCAUCGGACGUCGGACGAGAGUUUGAAGAACGGGAAACCUCGCAGCAGAACGAGAGGGGUGGGCAACCACAUGAAGAAGAAACCGCCCCUCUCGAAGGCGAACAUAUCCACCAGCGAGGACGAGAGCGACGACAGGUCGCAGGGAGCGUCGAGCGACUCCGACAGCGACCGACCGACCAGGGUGUCGCCUGGAGUGGCGGCUAUGAACGACAAGAGGAGGUCCAGAUUGAGCGGGUCCUCGAGCGAGGACGAGAGCCCGCCCAAGGGGAAGAAUAACAACAACAACGUGUCCGAGGACGACACCUCGCGCUGGAGAAGGAUGACCAAUAUCAAGAGAAGCAAGUUGGGGGACUCGCCGAAGAAACAGGAGAAGAAGAGCCCCGCGAAGGCGAAACCUAGAAGGUCCACCUCGCGGGUGAACAAUGGAUCUGAUUCGGACAGUGAGUCGGAAAUAGUGAGGAAUCGUAUCCAGGUUGCCAGAGUACCUCCGAGGCCGAGAGUCCCACCGACCCGAGAUUCGUCUCCGGAAAAUUCGGACAGCGACAACAGUCCGGGUCCAAAGUUGCAGGAGGAGGACGCGGGCAACGUGCAGGACAAGAAGAAGAGCGACACUCUUCGGAAAGUGUUCUCGUCUUCGAUAGGGGGAGGAAAGGGCGGUGGCAAGGGGGGCAAAGGUGGGAAAGGCGGCGGAAAGUGCGGUAUUUUCGUGGAAGAAUAUACGACCUCCGCGAAUACGCCGACCGGUGGGGAGAGUCCGUACAAGAGACCAUCGUCGCAGGCGUCGAACGUGACUCAAUCUUUCCCGCCGCUCACGCGCGUGAACGGCGUACCGAGUUUAUACUGUAGAAUCGAGCUGAGCAAACUGCAGCACGUCUCGCAGUUGUCGAGGGGUCAAGAGUUGAGACAACGCACAGAACUUCCAAAUACGAGGCCGUCGUCCAGACAAGCCUCGACGCUGACGCAUCAACCCCCUCGACCGCCCACGCCGGAGGAAGGGGAGAUCGUCGACACGCCACCGCCUCAACAGGACGCGAGGAUUCACGGUGACGCGUUGCUCGUCGACAGUGAUGUUAAAAAUCGCGCUGUGAUCAAGGGCGAACCUAUAUCGGACACGAAGGGUAAUUGUGGUAUAGGCCUCGCCGCGGGUGUCGUCGCUGCAGGUGCUAGUGGAGCAAGUGGUGCUAGUAGUACGGGUAACGCGCCCAAGAGGAAACGUAAUCCGAGUUGUAGUUCUGUGUCCAGUUUGAGUACUGUGUGUUCUAUAGAUACAAAGACGAAAGGGUCGGGAGAGCACAAAGACAGGAAGAAGAAAAAGAGGAAACACGGCGACGUCGAAUCCGUUACCGUUUCGUCCAGGCCAUCUUCCAGUCAGCAAAACGAUAUCCAACCCACGAAUCACGAACGGGAAGAAAAACCUGACACUAGUUUAUUGCCACCACCACCACCGCCUCAGCGCGUUUAUUAUUCCUACUUUAAUCCCCAAAACGAAGUUUUGGAGGAUCAGGAUAGGUGGGACCAGAAUCAGUACCUGAUGGAAGCAAAGCGGCUGAAGCACAGCGCCGAUAAGGAGUGCGAGCUCACGGCGCAGGGUAUGCUUUACCUAGAAGCCGUGUUAUGCUUUUUACUUACUGGAAAUGCUAUGGAGUCGGAUCCUCUCACGGAGAGAGCGUCGUUUACUAUGUACAGAGAUACGCUCAGUCUCAUCAGAUAUAUUUCCUCUAAGUUCAAGAGCCAGCAGAACAACUCGCCGGAGAGCAGUAUACAUAACAAGCUGGCCAUUCUGAGUCUCUUUUGCCAGUCCCUCAUAUACUUGAAACUGUUCAAGAUGCGCAGACACGAAAUCAAAGAGAGUCAAAAAAUUUUGAAUGAUUAUCAUCAAAAGCCUGCUCAGGCAACGACGGUUCAACCAGAGGGACAAGGAACGCCAUCCUUAUCACCGACACCGUCACCUGCCGGCUCCGUGGGCUCCGUUGGCAGUCAGAGCUCCGGAUACAGUAGCGGCGAACUAGCGAAUCGGGGAGCAGCUUCGGGCCAACCGCAACCUGCUCCGUAUGUUAGCGUUCCACUUAACGUGCACAACGCUAUGGCGAAGCAAAACCAUCAUUUCAGUUUGUUGUUGAGCUGUCACGAUCUCUGGGACCAGGCGAACGCUCUGGUAACGGAUAAACAUAGAGAUUUUUUCAUCGAGCUGGAUGAAAAAUUGGGACCUCUCACUUUGAAAAGUUCUUUACGCGAUCUGGUACGCUACGUUCAAGCUGGUAUAAAGAAGCUUCGAGAUCUCUGACCACAGUGGCAUAGCCCCAGACCUCCCACCCCGAAUUACAUUACUUCUCUCCCACAAAAUAUGGCUACCUAUCCAACGAUAUAUACAUAAAGAAAAAUGGAAUUAUUUGGAAGAGAUUUGGAGUAGAUUUAGAAAAGAACGUACGAUCGGCAAUCGUAUGAUCAUAGUAACGUAACGCGCGUUAAGAGAAACGUUGAAAAGAUGAAAAAUCGGGAGAGAAAUCGAAUCUGUUCUCAUUUCAACGAAUAAGGAUUAUUCUGACGGGGUUUAAGGAUUCAAGGUGGCCUGGGGAGUAACGAAGAAAGCGUUGCCGAUGAUGAUAUUCGAAAAUUCGAUUAAUUACGUUUCUUCGUUCAGGGAUUCACGAAAGCGUGUCCUGGCAUUUAAAAAAAAAAAAAAAAAAGAAAAAAAAACUCAGAGCACCAACUUUAUAGUCAAUUCAGAAUAAAACUCGUCAAGAAGAAAGAUCGUUGUGGAUCUACGAUCUGUGUGUAGAAAGAAUCUCUUCUAUUCUGUGCAUAGCACGCGUUACUUAUUUUCGACACGAGAAUGGAGAACGAGUGUGAAAAUUAAGGAAAAAGAGAUCGAAAUGGAGCAUCAUAGAUGCUCGAAGAAGAUGAGGGAGUACACUGGUCCCUAUUUUUUUUCGGACUGAUCAUUUUUAUAAAUUAAAAGUGGAAUAGAAUCCAAGAUGCAAAAGAAAAAGUAGAGGAUGGAUUAUAAGGGAAAGAAAGGAAUUAGAAGAUGGAAUUAGAAGUGCCACAGAAGCGCCCGUGUGUUCUCGCUUUACGGUGCGCCGCAGCCGACGUUACCUGAAGCAUGAGUUUCGUCUUGGCGAUUCGAGUGCGAAGAAUACACAAGAAUAUACAUAUAUGCAUAUAGUUUAUUAUCUAUAUAAAUAUAUAUAUAAAUAAUUAUAAAAAAUAUAGAUAUGAAAAUAUAUUUAAUGAAAAGAGAACCAACGCGUUCGCGUACGCCGGCAUUUUGUUUUUAGCGGAAAACAAAAUAAAAAAAAAAAAAAUAUGGCGACUGCGAAAAUCGCGAGGACUAGUUGAAGUUAGAGGAAAAAUAAAGAGGUGGAGAGACAGGGAUGGGAGAAAUUUAGUGUGAUGAUGCAUUUCUCUUGGAUUGAGAUGCACCACGAGCAACAAGAUCAACAAUUGAUCCAAAUCGAUAGAACAUUACUAUUAUUACAUUACUAUUACUACCACUACUACUAUUACUAUUACUACUACUACUACUAUUACUACUACUACUACUACUACUACUACUACUACUAAAAUGUCUUACGUCUGUGAACAAGGACACGACUCUUUUUUGUAGAUAGGUUACGAAAGAAAAAAAGUAACUUAGAUUAGAUAAUUAAUAAAUACGCAACAAGGAAAACAAAGUUAAACAGAAGAAAUAAAACAUAAACAUAUUAUUUACAUUACUUAUAAUUAAACGGGGAAAUAAGUAGAGGUUCUAGUGAUGAGGAAUAAAAAAAAAAAAGAAUAUUCGAAUAAUUACACAUAGUGCAUACACCACAUUAAAAAUAGUACGAUUAUAAAGAAAGAAAAAAAAAAGGAAAGAAAAGGAAGAAAGGGAGAAAGCGUGCACAGACACCAAAACGAAAAAAAAAAAAUAAUAAAAUAAAAUAGCGCGUGGUAACUUUCGUUACACGAGACGCGUAAAGGGAAAACAAAAAAAAAAAAAACAAAAAAUCAAGCGUAACGGAUAAGUAAGUUGCUCAUGUGUAUAUUUUUGUAAAUAGGUAUUUGCGAGUGCCGCCGCCUUGAGGGUGACCUGUCGACGUUUAAAUCGACGCGACAGGCCGGCCCGCCCCAAUUUUUGCUACCACAAAUCUUAUCGAGAAUCAGGAAAUUUCUAGUAAAAAGAAAAAAAUAUUAAAAUACACGUACACAAGAUAUUACAUGUCCGCCGAAUUUGUCCCGAAGGUUUUUUCCGAAUUCGAUUCUUUAUAAAUGCUUGUGUUACCUUCAGUCUUUAUUUGUAUAUAUAUGUAUACAUAUUUCUUUUAUGUUAUUUUUUUCUUUUUUUUUUCUUUUUUUCUUUUUUCUAUUACUUUGUUCGAUUCGAUCGACCACCUUUCAUCCGCCUCUUUCGAAUCGAUUGUCGCAUUUCUUCGAUACGCUUUCUUGUGUUUUCGUUGUUCUGUCACUGACAAAAUGAACAAAAAAAAAAAAAGAAAAAAAAAGAAAAAAGAAAAAAAAACAACCGUUAUGUCGCAAGAUGCGCACGCAAUUUAGCGAUUUUCCUAUAUUUUCGCAGCUGAUGGAAUGUGGUUUAAAGUAUACGAGGUCUGAAUGUGAAAUGGAAAAAGAAAAGGAAAACAAAAAAAAAAAAAUAUAAGAAAGAAAAUGUAUUUUUGUCUUUCUCGAUAAAACAGCGAAUUCGAUUUGAUAUACGAUCAUUGUAACGAGGAGAUCAAAAACGGAAGAGAAGAAAGAAAAGUUUUAGCAGUAAGUUAACUGGCGCGCGAGCAUUCGAAAGAUGUUUAAUCAUUCCUUGGACCAGAAUUGUAACGAAUAAUAAUAAUAAUAAUUUAUCUGGACAAUUAGUCAAACAUAUCGAAAUUAAAUUGAAUUAAAUUUUGAAUCUUCCGUGUAAUCUUUUCGUUAAUCUUUAUAACGAUAAUAUCGAAAGAGAGUGAGAGUGAGAGUAUGAAAGAGAGAAAGAGAGAGAGAGAGAGAGAGAGAGAGAGAGAGAGAGAGAGAGAGAGAGAGAGAGAAGAGAGACAAAAAUGAUGGAGAGAAGGAGAAAGAAAUUGGACCAAUGUAAAUCGUAGGGGACGUUUAAUAAAAUUGUAUCGGCCAGUUCGUUGCUAAUACUUUUCUACAGGAGAGGAGAAAGCAAUGAAAAUAAAUAGAGAGAUAAAAA